AUGGAUUUCGAGACAAACGAAGAUAUCAAUGGGAUCCGUUUCUCUUGGAACGUAUUCCCUUCGACGCGCACUGAUGCCAAUAAGAAUGUCGUUCCAGUGGGAUGUCUUUAUACACCUUUGAAAGAGUGUGAAGGUUUGAGUGUGGCCCCUUAUAACCCUGUGAUAUGUGCUGGACCCCAAUGUAAAUCGAUUUUAAAUCCAUACUGUGCAAUUGAUCCACGCAACAAUUCGUGGACUUGUCCUAUCUGUAAUUCGAGAAAUCAUUUACCAGCUCAAUAUGCUAAUAUGACUCAAGAAAAUAUGCCAGCUGAAUUACAAAACACUACAGUGGAGUAUAUCACCAAUAGACCAGUUCAAAUUCCACCAAUUUUUUUCUUCGUGGUUGAUAUUACAGCUGAAAAGGAAAACUUGGACGCAUUGAAAGAAUCUAUUAUUACUUCCUUAUCCCUUUUACCACCAAAUGCCUUCGUUGGUUUGAUCACUUACGGUAAUGUGGUUCAAUUACAUGAUUUAUCUUCUCAAACCAUUGACAGAUGUAACGUCUUUAGGGGUGACAGAGAAUACCAAUACGAUCAAUUGGUUGAAAUGUUGACUGGUCAAAGACCAACCAAUACUAUGGGUGCCUUACCAAACACAAAGAUUACUCCAUUUUCUUUGAACAGGUUUUUCUUACCAUUGGAACAAGUUGAGUUCAAAUUGACUCAAUUGUUGGAAAAUUUGAACCCAGAUCAAUGGACUGUGCCCGCAGGUCGUAGACCAUUAAGAGCUACAGGUUCUGCAUUGAGCAUUGCUUCCCUUUUGUUACAAGGAUCCUACAAAAAUGUUGCUGCAAGAAUUAUUUUAUUCGCAUCUGGUCCAUGUACUGUCAACCCAGGUUUGAUUGUCUCUAACGAAUUGAAGGAUCCAUUGAGAUCUCACCACGAUAUCGACUCGGACCGUGCUCAACAUUACAAGAAAGCUUGUAAAUUCUACAACCAAUUAGCUGAAAGAGUAGCUGAAAAUGGACAUACCGUCGAUGUUUUUGCAGGCUGUUACGAUCAAAUUGGUAUGUCUGAAAUGAAGAGACUAACAGAUUCCACUGGUGGUGUCUUGCUUUUGACAGAUGCAUUCUCCACUGCCAUUUUCAAGCAGUCCUACUUGAGGUUGUUUGCCAAGGAUGAAGAAGGCUACUUGAAGAUGGCCUUCAGCGGUAACAUGACCGUUAAGACAAGCAAGGAUUUAAAACUACAGGGUUUGAUCGGUCAUGCUUCUCCUGUUAAGAAGUCUGAUUUGUCUAACGUGAGUGACUCUGAAAUUGGUAUUGGUGGAACUUCUGCCUGGAAGAUGUCUUCUUUAUCUUCAGGUCACACCUAUUCGAUCUUUUUCGAAAUUGCUAAUACGGCAGCGGCAGCACCAGUUGUCUCCGAUAGACUACGCCUAGCAUACACUCAAUUCAUUACUCAUUAUCAACAUUCUUCGGGUACUAAUCGUGUUAGAGUUACUACUGUUGCUAACCAAUUGUUACCAUUUGGUGCACCUGCAAUUGCUGCCUCUUUCGAUCAAGAAGCUGCUGCUGUUCUAAUGGCAAGAAUUGCUGUUUUUAAGGCUGAAUCUGAUGAUGGUGCAGAUGUGAUUAGAUGGAUUGAUAGAACUUUGAUUAAGCUGUGUCAAAAAUAUGCUGAUUACAACAAAGAUGAUCCAUCAUCUUUCAGGUUGGCCCCUAACUUUUCCUUAUAUCCUCAAUUCACUUAUUACUUGAGAAGAUCUCAAUUCCUAAGCGUUUUCAAUAACUCUCCCGAUGAGACGGCUUUUUACAGACACAUUUUCACUAGAGAAGAUACAACGAAUUCUUUGAUCAUGAUUCAACCAACUUUGACUUCAUUUUCAAUGGAAGAAGAUCCACAACCAGUGUUAUUGGACUCCGUGUCUGUGAAACCAAACACCAUCUUAUUGUUGGACACUUUCUUCUUCAUCUUAAUAUACCACGGUGAACAAAUUGCUCAAUGGAGGAAAGCAGGUUAUCAAGACGAUCCACAAUACGUCGAUUUCAAAUCAUUGCUGGAGGAACCUAAACUGGAAGCCGCUGAAUUGUUAGUGGAUAGAUUCCCCCUACCUAGGUUUAUCGAUACUGAAGCCGGUGGAUCUCAAGCAAGAUUUUUGCUGUCCAAAUUGAAUCCAUCAGAUAGCUACCAAGAUGCUGCGCACGGUGGCUCUACAAUUGUGUUGACCGAUGACGUUUCUUUGCAAAACUUUAUGACCCAUCUACAACAGGUCUCUGUAAGUGGCCAGACUUGA